AUGGACCCGAGCUGGGACUGUGAUUGGACCUGGGGUGGGGAAUGGACCCCGAGCUGGGACUGUGAUUGGACCUUGGGUGGGGAAUGGACCCCGAGCUGGGACUGGAGUGACUGGGAUUGGACCUGGGGUGGGGAAUGGACCCCGAGCUGGGACUGGAGUCAAAGUUCAGGGCCUGUAUCAGGCUCGGCAUCCGGGACCAGGCAGGGCUCGGUGCGUCCCAUCGGGGCCGAGGGGCUGGUCGCCCUGCUGGAGGGGGGUCUGGACAGCGUGUUGUUGAUUGACAGCCGGCCCUUCGUAGAAUAUAACUCCUCCCACAUCCUGGAGGCGGUCAAUGUGAACUGUUCAAAACUGAUGAAGAGACGGCUGCAACAGGACAAGGUUCAGAUCAACGAACUGCUGCAACACUCUGCUAAGAAGAAGUUGGAGCGAGUGGGCAGUCAGGAGGUGGUGGUGUAUGACCAGAGUUCAUCUGACCCCUUGACUCUUCCCUCGGAGGCCUUCCUUACCGUCCUAUUGGACAAGCUGGAGAGGAGCUUCCCUUCAGUACACCUGCUCUCAGGUGGUUUCUCAGCAUUUUCCCAGCUGUUUCCAGGUCUAUGUGAAGGUACGUCUCUUCUGGCCACGUCCUGCCUGGUCCCCACCUGCCUCUCUCAGCCCUGCCUGCCCCUCAACACCUCUGGGCCAACACGCAUCCUGCCUCACCUCUACCUGGGCUGUCAGAGAGACGUGCUCAACAAGGAAGUGAUGCAGCAGAAUGAGAUAGCGUACGUCCUGAAUGCCAGUAACACAUGUCCCAAACCAGACUACAUCCCUGAGUCUCACUUCCUGCGAGUUCCUGUCAACGACAGCUUCUGCGAGAAGAUCCUCCCCUGGUUGGACAGAUCUGUAGAGUUCAUAGAGAAGGCCAAAGCCUCCAACGCCUGUGUGCUGGUCCACUGUCUGGCUGGCAUCUCCCGCUCGGCAACCAUCGCUAUCGCUUACAUCAUGACGAGGAUGGACAUGUCACUAGACGAAGCUUACAGGUUCGUGAAGGAGAAGAGACCCACCAUCUCUCCUAACUUCAACUUCCUGGGUCAGCUGCUGGACUUUGAAAAGAAGAUCAAGACUCCUGGAUGGUCAGAGAUCAGAGAAACCAUCGGGAUCAAACCCUCUCCUCUCCUCCACCCCCCACUAGAGCAGGACCCCCCUAACCCUACCCCCAGCCUCCCAGACCCUGCCUUGGCCUUGCUGGAGCCCCUGACCCUGCCGUGUGUCCUGGCCCCCUGGCCUCCAGAGGAGAGGCUCCUGGCUCAGGCUCUCCAGGGGCUCCAAGGCCUUCAGCUGGACCAGGGGACGGAGGACAGCGCUGCCCGGCUGAAAAGGUCCUUCUCUCUGGACAUCAAGUCGUACAGGGAGCCAGGGGGCUGCAGCAGCGCCCCCAUGAGGCCGUACCCCCACCCUACAUCCCACCCCGGAGCCCAGGAGUAUUAUAAUCCAUCUGUGAGCUUCAUGGAGCCUGCAGGGAAACCGUAUCAGUUCUCUCCUGUGAAGGAGAUGUCAGAGCAGUCUACACCUGAGCCGAGCCCUGACAAGGAGCAGGACGACGGUCCCGCAGACCCUGCUGCUACGUCUGCAGCUCCCACUGCUGCUCCUGUAGUCUCCACCACAACCAGCACUACCACCUCCAACCAGCCCAGCAUGAAGCAGCCCAGCCAGGCUAAGCCUCCUCCACCUCCCCUCUCCUGUUCCCAGCAGCUCCACCGUAGUGGCAGUAUGGAGGAGAGCUCUAACAACACCCCUCACACCACCGGCUUCCUGUUCGGCCUAUCGCGUUCCCAGCAGCACCUGUCCAAGCCCGCCCCUAACCUAGGCUCCGCCCUGAAGGGCUGGCACUCUGACAUCCUAUUGGGUCCCGUCACCGUGUCGUCGGGGGGAUGGUACCUCUCCGAGUCACACCACUUCUACUCCACCUCCGCCAUCUUAGGAGGCGGGGCUAACAUUCUGGGGGGUGGCAGCGUGGCAGCGUACAGCGUGAGUCAGGGGUUGGAGGAGGUGCGGCGGCGCGGGCGGCAGCGGGGCGGAGACCACGGGGACUCACGGAGGAGCUGGCACGAGGAGAGCACCUUGGAGAAGCAGCUGAAGAGACGGGCCUGUCAGAUGGAACUCGGAGACAGGAUGAGAGGAGGAGGCGAGACUAGAUCCAGGGAGGAGAUGGGGAGUCAUAGCAGCUUCUCAGGAAGCAUGGAGGUCAUAGAGGUGUCCUGAGAGGAACGUUCAAUAUGGCCUCCAGUCCACCCUUACGGAAUCAUUGAUUUGAAUGGAGACGUCCGUUCUAGGGAGUAUAGCCUCCUCAGAUCAGACCCAUGUUGAGGGGAAAGACUUGUCAUGGACCCAUCUGAUUAUCCACUAGGGACUUGAACCUUGAGUUGAUUUAAGCGGCUCUAUGUGUACUUGUGUCGCGACAGUUGGCAUUAAUGUAGUUGAACUUUGACCUGGAAGCAGAACGCAGCUGUGUGACGAUGAUGAAUGUGAUGAAGAGGUGAACUCUGAGAGGACUGAGACAAACUGAGUCUUUUGUUUGGAUGAGUGUUCAUCGUUUUCAUUUAUUUCUGAAUGUUGAUGAUCGUCGUCAAGGAGCAGUAGAUGUCUGCCUGACGUUGGAUUCAUGGAGCUUUUAUGAAGCCUUAAGAUGUCUUUAUGAAGCCUUAUGAAGUCUUUAUGAAGCCUUAUGAAGUCUUUAUGAAGCCUUAUGAAGUCUUUAUGAAGCCUUAAGAAGUCUUUAUGAAGCCUUAAGAAGUCUUUAUGAAGCUUUAAGAAGUCUUUAUGAAGCCUUAUGAAGUCUUUAUGAAGCCUUAUGAAGUCUUUAUGAAGCCUUAUGAAGUCUUUAUGAAGCCUUAAGAAGUCUUU